AGCUAGUGAAGCCCAUACCUUUGAGAUCAAGCCGGCUAUGAUCCAAAUUGUAUCCAACAAUCAGUUUGGAGUUUCAAAGGCUAAUAAUCCAAGAAUGCACAUGUUAUGGUUUUCCCAAACAUGUCAAGCAUUUAGAUUCAAUGGGUUGUCCAUGGAUCGUAUUAAACUCUCUAUGUUCCCUUUUGACCUUUGAGAUUGAGCAGCAAGGUGGUUGAAUACGUUUCCUAAUGGUCUCUUUUAGACGUGGGAAUCACUCCAUUAAAUGUUUAUGCAUGAGUACUUUCCUCUUUCAGCCAUUGUCAAGAUUAAGAACUCGAUACAGAACUUCUGCGAAUCCCCGUCAGAAUCAUUGAGUAAAGCAUGGGACCAAUUUAAAGAGCUCAAGGCUAAGUCUCCUCCAGGACUAAGGGAAGCCGAUAGUUUGAUGUUCUAUUUCUAUCAGGGCAUACUAGUCCCAUCCAAGAAAGAGCUUGACCAUUCUUCUAAUGUCCGAUCUUUCCUUGAGAUGGCUCCCGAAGAGAAUGAGGAGUUAGUGGAACGUCUAACAUCCAAUGCUAAGUAUUGGUAUGACGACCGUGCUCCUCAACCAAAAGCUGCAAUGUACGAAGUAGACCAAUUCACGGCAAUCAAGGCCUGUAUGGAGAGUAUUGUGAAACAAACAAUCAAGGAGCAAUUGGGAGCAUCAUCUAGUUCGUGUCCCACUCAAUAUGUCGAGCCUGUAAACCAAGCAGAGACAUACAAUCCAGGAAGCUAUCAAUGAUGUGAAAUUGUUCUAUCCUGUGAGUUGUUCUUAAUUACAUAACCAUCUCACUACCUAGUGUCAUCUCUACGAAGGAUCCAUAGCAGCAAGGGCCAAAGAAGUGAAUCUGGCGCAAUAUGCAAAUGAAGGGGAAGGUCUAUG